AUGGGGAUAUUUUUGUCGGCAUCAAACGCGACGCUGCGGCCGCCCGUACCGCGCGCGCUGGGCAAGUGCGUGUCGGCCAGCCACCUGGCGCGCCGCACGGUCACCGUGACCAGCCUCAGCCGCAGCCAGCACGCACUGCACGCGCCCGCGUACAUCCUGCGCGCCGCCGGCGCACACAUCGACAUCACCGAGGUGGACGACAUCACGAAGUGGCUGGAGCCGCCGGCUCCUCUGAAGCGCAGCAGCGCCGCCACGCGCCUGCACCGCGCGCACAAGCGGCCCGCGCCCGCAGUCUCAGAGACCCCCGCCUUCCUCAGGAACCAGUCGGUUGAAGGGCUGGAGACGCACGCUAAGGCGCACCCGCUACCUACCUUCUGCCGCCACGAGAGCAUCCCGGACACCGCCGUGCCCGCCGACACAAACCUCGACUCCGACUCCUCCUCCGACGACGAGCUCAGCCCCUGCCCCCUCCCUUCACCCCCCAAACCCGUUACCCCGCCCACCCCUCCCACCCCCGUCACGUUCCGCAACCCCGAGUGUCUCGAUGGAGAGCGAAGGANUUCGAUCACUGAAUCAAUUAUAAUCGGGCGAGUGUCAGCCGAUCCGGACUUCCUUCCGCGACGCUCGGACUUCGGCCUCAACGAGGCGGCCUUCCGCGACAAGUACGGCGGCUGCUGCCCCGAACCGCUGCUGCGACUCGCCUUCAUGGCCUGCAGCCUGGACCCUGACGCCAGGCCAUCAUUCGAAGUCAUGGAGGGCUGGCUGGAACGCUUAGUCCGCCAUCUCAGCGCACCAGCUGCGCCUGACACCACCCUAUUAUCUGACAUCCUCAAACACGCCGCCGAGUUAGAGCACCAAGCUCAGUGUAACUGCACUUGUGACGGCAACGCUUGCAACGUCAACGGGUGCGGCGGCUGCAAUGACUGCGACGACUGCGGACGGACACGGGAGGACGUGAAGACUGAGUGCGAGAUUGUCAAAUCGGCAUCAAACGCGACGCUGCGGCCGCCGGCGCCGCGCGCGCUGGGCAAGUGCGUGUCGGCCAGCCACCUGGCGCGCCGCACGGUCACCGUGACCAGCCUCAGCCGCAGCCAGCACGCACUGCACGCGCCCGCAUACAUCCUGCGCGCCGCCGGCGCACACAUCGACAUCACCGAGGUGGACGACAUCACGAAGUGGCUGGAGCCGCCGGCUCCUCUGAAGCGCAGCAGCGCCGCCACGCGCCUGCACCGCGCGCACAAGCGGCCCGCGCCCGCGGUCUCAGAGACCCCCGCUUUCCUCAGGAACCAGUCGGUCGAGGGGCUGGAGACACACGCCAAGGCGCACCCGCUACCUACCUUCUGCCGCCACGAGAGCAUCCCGGACACCGCCGUGCCCGCCGACAUAAACCUUGACUCCGAUUCUUCUUCCGAUGACGAGCUCAGCCCCUGCCCCCUCCCUUCACCCCCCAAACCCGUUACAACCCCCGUCACGUUCCGCAACCCCGAGUGUCUCGACGGCGAGAGAAGAAUCCCCGAGGAAGACUACAGGCGAUACAACAUCGACCAUUUAACCAGAACACCGAUAAUGGCUGAAGGCGUCAAGAACAUACCCAAAGUGAUCGAGUCUCAAAAACAGCCGGAGAAAACCAACUUCUUCACCAAAAAACUUCUGUCGCCGAAACUGAGCCGCCUUUUCCGACCGAACACUCCGGAAGUGGUGCGGAACAAACCAGACUCAGACGACAAGGAGGAGAAGUCUAGGAGUAAGUUCUUCAUCCAAAGACCGGCGUCGCCGAGCAACAUUCGUUCCUAUAGAGUACGGCCGGCCGACCGACACGCUGAAAAAAGAGACUGCGAUGUCAUCAAAAGCGACUUAAAACUCGCCAGCUUAGGGAAACCUAUGACUCCUAUCUUCCGACGACACAUUCCUACAGAGAGACCGGAAUUCGCGGACGGUAGAUUCAGCUACCGCGACCGGCGACUGAAGCCGAACGAAGCGACCUUCGUCGACGUGGGCCGAAACAAAAUUAAAGCACCGGUGAUUUCGGUCGAAAAGGAAAAACUGACUCCCCUGAUCCGGAGUUCGCAAAUCGCUAAUAUUCCUGCUCUGGCGACAGUUGUGGAAAAGAAAGGAGAUGUAGGGAAGAAGAGAGAGACAGGUAUAUCGCGCAGCAACUACGUCAGUCUGGCCAAUCUAAGGAUCAACGCUAAGGAAAAGGCCCGAGCGGAUAAGCCGCCGUUGGAGCGCGUCAUAUAGGAACUGUGAGUACAAUAUCUACCUUCAAACCUCAAUUUGGGUGCACAAUUUUUGAUCUAUUAGUCUACUGAAUAUGAUAAUCUUCGUUGACAAACUUUGUAAUAUCAGAAGUAUUAGUCUUUCUCCGUAAAAGCUACGUAUUGUAGCAAUAAAUAAAUUGAACUGUCAGAAAUUGAGUCGAAGAUGGCCGAUGUGUAUGAUUUCUUGACGGAGAUUAUUGUUACUACCCUCGGAAUUUGUAAGGGUUAAAGCUUGUCAAAGCCGACGUUUUAGCUUUUAUGAAUUUAGGAAUCGAGUACUGGGCCGGUGAUAACGCGUGCGCGGUUCUACCAGUAUUUUGUUACAUGUAUAACGUGUAUUUUUGGUGCCAGAGUUUCUUGCAAUUGCAAUAAUUUUGUAAGGUGCUUUUGAGAAAUUGUAUUUUUUCAAACGACUAAAUCCAUAGGAAUCACGAAACGAUCACGGACCUAGUACUUAAAACUUGAAACUUUUAUAUUGAAUAUUCCCUGUUAUUCCCGUUUUUUGGAUUCUUAUACUCCAUUGUACAACUUAUUACAUUCUGAUUGUAUUUAGACUUAGUUAGUCACGCGUGGAGCGCUGAAACUAGUUACAAAGUGACUCUUGCCAAGGCGAGCAGUGUCGCCGAUUUUAUACAAUUGUUGAGUACUUAUAACUUAACCGUAAGAGUGGAGGCACAAACGUAGGCGUAAUAUACUAGCAACACGAUUUUGUAAUGUCAGAUACGCGACACGAUUCCUAAGCUAAGUAAUUGCUUUUUCUGCGUACAAUUUGUUGACUGACUUCAAAUAAAACUGCAAUAUUAGUGGUUUUAUAAUGGUUUACUAUGCCUACACUUGUGUCAGCCGUCUCACUGCGGUAAAGGCGUGCUUUUAGUAUGUUUGUAUUUGUGGUUUUAGACAUGACAAUAUGCGAUAAGUAUUACAUUCCUGUAUACACUUUUUGGAUUAUAUAAAUUUAUUGUUACGCGUAUUUGUUGAAAAAUGCUUGAUGGUUUAUGUGAGUGUAAAGGUAUAUUCAUAUUGUUGCAGCGAUUGUAAAGGUGAGUAGACUAAAUUUCUAUGUAGUGUAACGUUCAAUACAGAUAAAACGUACGUUUGAUUUGUGAAAGUAUUUAACUGAUGCUAGAUUAUAGAGCCGGCUCGUUCUGUUACAAGUAAAUGCUCUAAAUCUAUACUCACCUUAUGAGACUAGUCUCUCCGCGGUAUCUUACGAAUGUGGUUGACAAUGUGAAUAUGCCAUAGAGCAUUGGUUCUCAAAGUGGGGGGCACCACCCCCAGGGGAGGCGCAAAGACCUUAAAAGGGGGGCGCGGGCCAUCUGUGUACUUAAGUAUAAAAAACCAGCGACCGCUGAAAGAAUGCAUUCCAGACUGCUGACUGACUGUAUGGUCGAAAGGGCGCGUCUCAAAUAAAUUUGGGAACCAAUGCCAUAGAGUAUAGAGUAUGUAGAUGAGUGUGUUGGUUUGGAUCGUCGCGAGUGGCGACGCGUCGUGCCUUCAACAAGACUGCGCGGCUCUGCUGCCGUCAAUUACGCGAUUCUCGCCCUUUUUGACGCCGAUUUGCGCAUUCGAGACCUUAUGUGUUGCAAUUUAGGAUAUUUUACAAACAUAGGUAUGAUAUUUGUUUAUGUAGUUCACUCGCUGUGGUCGCCAAUCGGCUUUGAAAAGUGCGUGUAGUUCCCCGCUACCCGUGUUAGGGGCGGUAUACACUCGUUACCUUCCCGUUAUUAAGCCGGAUUCACACUGGCUUUAGUGUGAUGCUUCAGAAGCGCACGCGUUCUAACACCGACAGUGUGUAUGCACCAUAACAAAAUGCUUCUGAUAAGUCACAGCACGCCUGAAAAGUGUGAAUCCGGCUUUACUGUUGUAGUUUUUAUAUCAAACAUUAGCUGAAUCAUUAAAUAAUUAUAUACGCAAUAAUAUUAUAGAGGUUUUUCUAUACAAUGUCCAAAGGAUCUUUUCUUAUUACUCAAACUCUUUUUCUAAGUAAUAAUUGUUUAGUAUGUAUGAGAUUAAAUAGUGCCAUUAUAUCCGCUUAAUAUACAUGUAUCGUCGCUAAAUACAAUAUCCGUCAUCUACCAUCCAAUUACGUAUGUACAUAUAUCCAUUCAAAUAGAUACAAAUAUAUGCCAAAAUCAUAUUAUAUUCUGAUAUAAUGCAUAGUAUUUUUAUGGAAAAACAUUAUAUGUUUUUAUGCUUUUUCAUGCAAAAUAUUUAUCUGCACACAUUAUAAAGAACGUACAAUAUUAAAAAUAUGUACAGCGGUGUCUUUAAUUUUGAUUUCAUUUGGUACAAAGAGAUGUUUGCAAGGUGGUACUGGAAGCCCAGUCUGUGUAUCGAAUUUCAACUUUAUUUUACAUUUAGUACAGUUUCUCUUAUUCUUAACUCGAAUAAUUUAUUAACAUUACGUUUAAGUUUAAUGUUUAAGAUAUAUUUUUAAGUCUGAUUUAUUUUAUGACACAGGGUGCCAUUUUGUAUUUUAUAUUUAAUUAUAUUUGACGACUCAGUUGUCUCAUAUUUUAUUGUGAAGAGCAAUCUCAUUUGAUUGAUUUUAUGAUUGUAGUGGCGACAGUCCGGCUCACGUUUUACCUUAUCUGUGAUACAUUUUGUUUGUAAAAUGUUGCAAUAACGAGUAUUAUAGGCCCGCCAGCGCCCUCUGCGCGCGGUUUAGAUUUACAAAAUAAUAAUAUAUUGUAACCCAUUAACCGCGUUAACAACGAGUAUCUCCGUCUCCUUGCAUUCCACAUGUUUUUCCAUUGUUUAAGUACAAAAUAUUAAUAAAGGAUAUAUUCGUAAAAUAAA